AUGGUGCCCCGAGCAGAAAUGAGCAGCAAAAUGAUCGACUUCGACACCUUCCUGCCGAUGCUCCAGCACGUCGCCAAGACCAAAGACACCGGGACCUUUGAAGACUUUGUGGAAGGCCUGCGGGUUUUCGACAAGGAAGGGAACGGCACCGUCAUGGGGGCCGAGCUCCGCCAUGUGUUGGCAACUCUCGGGGAGCGGCUGACCGAAGAGGAGGUCGACAAGCUCAUGGCUGGCCAAGAAGAUUCAAAUGGCUGCAUCAACUAUGAAGCUUUUGUGAAGCACAUCAUGGCCAGCUGAACGCCAGGAUAUGAUGCACCACAACGGGAUGGAGCUGGGUUAAAAGGCUUGGCUUUCGACAACAGCAGAAUCGAUCCAGGAUGGAUACUCAGAUAUUUCUCUCUCUCUCUCAUGCUGGAAUGGGGAUUCCUCCAUGCCUUUCUCUCUCUCUCACCGGGAUCCCUGCGCCUUCUGCAGGGCUCCUCCUGCGACCUCAAACAGCCUCUCUUGAACCAUCCAAACCUCAACUGACAUCUGCCCCACCCCGGCCCCUGACUCCAUCCCACCCCCAUUCAUUUGGGAGUCCUCGCCCUCUGCCUUCAUCCCAACCUCGCCCUCUGAGCUGGAUAUUGUGACUUCAGCGUUCCCCAGAGAACACUGUCUGCAUGUAAACUGAAAUCCUAGUAGUUACUAUUAGUAGUAGUGUGGUAGUAGAUAACUACUAUUAGUAACAUUGUAGUAAACUCCUACUAUUCACUAGGGCCGAUUUCCCACAAGCAGCUGCUCCACCCUCGCUCUUCCCUUCCCCCCCCCCCGAUUGUAUGCGUCAGUUUCCUUGGUGCUCUGUCAUCUUGCUCUGUCAUCUUGGUGCUUGGGGGGGGGGCAACAGUGGGAUGGCUUCUAAUGUCCUGGCCCCACU